AUGGCCCACGCAGGUCAAAUUCACCAUAACUUAGUAACUUCCCCCAAGAUUGGACAGGUCGCAACACAUGAAACACCUGAGGGACAGAAGGACGAACAGGUUACAGAGAAGUCGCGGCCAUAUAGCAUAUACACCCGCCGGGAAAAAUGGUUCAUUGUAGUCAUGGCCUCUUUGGCUGCGCUAUUUAGCCCGCUGACCGCAAACGUAUACUUUCCUGCAAUACCGACAAUUGCAUCGGCUUUCCAUAAGUCUAUAGAAUCGAUUAAUUUGAGCGUGACCGUUUACAUGGUCCUUCAAGGCGUUUCUCCUAUGUUCUGGGGAACCAUGGCUGAUCGCAUUGGGCGACGUCCUAUUUUUCUUGCAUGUAUCAUUGUCCUAUGUCUAUCUUGCAUCGGCUUGGCUUUUGUCCCGACCUCAGCGUAUUGGUUAUUGAUGCUCUUACGAUGCAUUCAGGCCGCUGGUUCUGCCAGUACAGUUGCGCUUGGUGCUGGGGUGAUUGGAGAUAUAGCCACUCCCGCAGAACGUGGAGGCUUUUUUGGCUUAUUUACCCUGGGACCGCAAGCUGGACCUACUGUGGGACCUAUUAUCGGCGGUGUCCUUGCUGAUACGCUCGGGUGGAGGUCUAUCUUCUGGUUCCUAUGCAUUAUGACCGCCGUAUGUUUCGCUUUCAUGCUCGCGUUCCUACCUGAAACACUCCGCCGACUGGUGGGUGAUGGUAGUGUGAUACCGUCCCCUCUCUACCGUCCCCUUGUGCCACUUGUUGGGAAAGGGCGUGUGGACCGUGAUGCCCCAAAGCCUCCCAAGCCUCCCCUGAACAAUCCGCUACGCCUCUUCUUCUACCUGGACGUUCUGAACCUCCUGAUAUUCAAUGCAAUUAUAUACGCCGUCUUCUACGCGGUGAAUACCACGAUAUCCACGUUAUUCGCAAUCAAGUACCCGUUCCUGAACGAAAUAGAUAUAGGAUUAUGCUUCCUCGCGAUUGGUGGGGGAAUGAUCUCUAGCACUGUCUUCUCCGGCAAAAUGCUAGACGCCGAUUAUCAAAGAUUUAAGACGAGGCUCGCGAAGAAGGCUGAAGGGGAUCCUGAGAAGAAUAUACGAACAGAGGACGUGACGAAGGAGGAGAAUUUCCCGAUAGAAAGAGCCAGGCUGAGGACGGUACCAAUAUUUACCGGCAUUUUUAUCUUGACAUGCGCUGGUUAUGGGUGGUCGCUUCAGCGAGAGGUGAAUAUCGCAAUCCCACUGAUCCUGCAGAUUAUUUUUGGUUAUACAGUCGUCGCCAUGAUGAACGCUGUGCAGACGCUACUCAUUGAUCUACUGCCAUCGCAGAGUUCUUCCAUUACCGCGUGUAAUAAUUUGGUGCGGUGUUCCUUGGGUGCUUUGAUGGUCUCGGUCAUAGACCUGAUUGUCAACGCGAUAGGUCCUGGUUGGACCUACGUACUGCUUGCAGGGGUAUGCCUCGCGUGUUCUCCGAUGAUCUGGCUUGCCAUUUGGAUUGGUCCACACUGUCGUGCCAAGCGACGGGCCCGUAAUCCUGCAGUUUGA